AUGAUGAACAAAAUAAAUAAAGGAUCAAGUUCGGAAGCCAUAAAACUCCUAGAACUUCCUUGGGACAUCAUCAUUGAGAUUUUGAGCUGGUUGCCAGUCAAGUCGUUGCUAAGGUACAAGUGUGUCAAGCGAUGGUGUUCAUUAAUUCAAGAUGACGAGUUCAUUGUAAAACAUUUGGAUCAGAGUAGUCCUACGGAUCACUUGCAUUUGCAUCAAACCGAUCAUAAGAACUUCUUUAUAUCUACUGAUGGAGGGUUGAUUUUGGAGGGAAGUUUGAGUACUUCUAGGGUUUUUCGUAUCAGAAACCCUUCAGCCCAGCAAGUGCUAUACCUCCCUGAUAGACCCGAGUACACUAACAUGGAUUUUGUUUUUAAUCCAUCUACUCGCGUGUGUAAAGUGUUGCAAGCUCAAUAUUCUUUGGAUGCGUGGAGAGAAUGUUUCAGCACUACUAUUCUGCCACAUGGAGUUUUCCAAUACCUGACAAAAAUUCGGUGUUAUAUUUUGAAUAAUUGGACAAUUGUAGCUGAUAUAACAGAGGAAACCCUUCAAUUUUUAGCCUUGGCGGACUUUAAAGAGCAUAAAUUGAAUGAAAACAAAAACAAAAUUCCCUGGAAAGCUUUAAAGGAUUGUAAUCAGGCUGAAAAACUUACUGAGUUUGUGUUUACAAUCUCGGUGCACCAAAUCGAUGGUGUAUGUGAUAGUUCUGCAGAUGGGGAUUAG